AUGAAUAUAGCUGCAAACCCGCAUGAAACCAAUGCAAGACCUGACAUCUGCAUCCUGGAGGAAGCCCCAGGCUCACUUGUCUGGGCAGCAGCAGAUCCAGUACUUGUUGAGGCGCUUUGCGUAUUCGAAGUAGACGUUUGCAUCCCAGACGAAUUAGAUAAUGUGGUGCUGUCGAUAUUGGAGCUGCUGAUACUCCCGGUACUGCUAAUGGUACUGGUGCUGAUAGUGCUCUCCUCUGAGCUGGAUGUCGACUCAGUCGUCGUCACGCUGGUAGAUGUGAAGUCGGAGGCAGUUGUCGAAGACGUCGAUCCCGUGGAUGGCAUUAGUCUCGUCAACAAGCUUGACGCAGGCGGAAGCGUCGAGCUUGAGCCCUUUGCGCAAUACCCAUACUUGCCAUUGUUCAUGCAAGUCUCCCCCUGCUCGCAGUAG